AUGGGAGAUUCAAUUGUUCCACCAACUUCUGAAGAACAAAUGAAUAAAUUUCGACUUCGGGACAAGAUGAAUCUAUUGAAUUCAGAAUUUAUAAAAGUUAUCCAACAUUUUUAUGACGAGAAAGCUCAUUAUGAUUUUGUAAGUUUUCAUCCAAUUUUCUUUGAAACAUCUUUUAUUUCCAAAUUUUUAGACGAGUACUAUGCAAUCAUAUAUCGAACAUGUGAAAUCGCUAAGAUCGAUGUAUAAAGUGAAUGAUGACACAGAUGAAAACUCAACAAAAAAUGCUCCAAUAGUUUCAAACCCAUCGACAGAAAAAUUACCAGUUCAAAGAAAAAUGCUGAAAGCAGCCCGAAAAAAUACGCCAGUCACAAAAUCAACAACAACUUCAACAUUUGCAUCUUCUUCGCCAGCAGUUAUACCACCAACCCCGAAUUUCGGAAAUAUUUCUAGAAUUCCAAGUUCAACUCCGGCAACAAUCGAAAAAGCACCAUCCGAUCCAGCACCGCCAGCUGGUCGAAAACGCGCGAUUCGUGGCGGAGGACCUCUUGGAGGAUCAGAAUCUGUUAUUUUCAAAACUGGAGAAAUCGAAAAAUCAACUGUUAAAUUGAGUGGACCAGAAAUCAAGUUACCAACACCAACUCCUGAUUUUUGGAAAAAGAAGGAGACUACAAAUAGUGAUGCUCCAAAUGGAGGUGGAAGUCUUUUCGGAUUUUUGAAAGAGUUAGUUGAAUUUUUGAUGAUGUUAGAAAACAAUGUGAUUUCAGAGAUGACAAUUCAACCAAAAAAUUCACCGGUUUCUCGUUCGGCAAAGGAAAUGAAGAAAAACAAUCAGAAGUCAACGAUAAAGAAACAUCAAGGUAAUAAUGAAGCAUAGUUAUUUAAUUCUAAUAUAUUAAAAUUUAGCCCAAAAUUAUCUGAUUCAAACUCAAAGUCUACGGGUUCUACAAGCACUUCAUUCUCUAUGUUCGGAAAAUCUACAGAAUCUUCAGGCGUAAAAUUCCCAAGCUUCGGAGAUAAAUUGAACAACUCAUUUGGUAAAGAAGAAAAAAGCGGGUCAGAAAAACCGCUAUCAUUCCCAAGUUUUGGUAAAAGUACUGAAAGGUAUGUUGAUCUCAAGUUCAGAUGAAAAACUACAUAUGAUGUUUGAUUCCAGUUCAACAAAACAACUUUCGUUCCCAAGUUUUGGAAAGGCUGAUAGCAGUAGUGAAAGGUAUUUUUGCUGAAUUUAUUUUUUUUAUAAUUUUGAAAUAUUUUCAGCUCUUCAAAGCCAUCAUCGUUCCUCAAUUUUGGACAAUCAACAACAGAAAGGUACAUUUUUACUGAUUUCUAAUAAAAAUCUAAUUUUUCAGCAACCCAUCCUCAAAACUUUCAUUCCCAAGUUUCGGUUCAAAACCAGCUGAAAGUGGUCUCGGAUCGACUCCAUUAACCUUCGGUGCUCCAGGCGGUGGUUUAUUCGCGAAUUUGACAAAACAAGCAGCUGAAAAUUCAGCAGCCGCUACAGAAGGAGCAAAUGAUAAUGAUGAAGCUGAAUAUGUGCCACCAAAGGUUGAAACUGUUGAAAAUGAAGAACCGGAUGCUGUAUUUUCCAGCAAGUAUGUUGAUUUUCAUUUUUUGUUUUGAAUAGUCAAAAUAUUAUUUCAGAGUCUCUGUCUUCAAAUUCGUUGAUUCCGAAUAUAAAAAAUUAGGAGUUGGAAUGUUGCAUAUCAAAGAAACUGAUGGAAAAUCGAGUGUUUUGAUUCGAGCUGCAACUGCUACAGGUAACCAAGUUCUUCUAGAUCCUAACUAAAAAUAUUAAUUUCCAGGAACUGUUUGGUUGAAUUCUUUGUGUAAUGCUGCAAUGAAAGCCUCAAAAAUUGAUGAGAAAAAAAUUAGAGUGAGAUUUUCCCCAAUUUCGGCCUUACAAUUAGAACCUGAAAUCUUUUGUUUUUCAGUUGACUUGUCCAGCAACUGCAACCGAAAUGUCAACAAUGGCAAUUCGUUUUGCAACCGAAGAUUUGGCCUCAAAAUGCGCGGCAAAAAUCGAAGAGUUUACAUCGAAAAAGUGA